AUGGCGGCGGCGGCGCCAGAGAAGAGGCUCCCUCGCUCCCUCUUUGAACUCGCCUCUGACUUUUUCGAUUCAUCCGUCCUCCUUCGGGCUCACCCCUCCACGCCCCCCUCUGCGGUGGAACCGUCCGAACCCUCCCGGCCACCGCCGCCGCCGACGACUCAGCAGCAGCAGCAGCAGCAGCAGCAACUUUCAGAGGCUUCGGGAUCCAGGUGGACGUGCAACACCUGUGCCGCGGAGUUCGACUCGCUACAGGAGCAGCGCGAGCACUUCAAGUCCGACCUGCACCGCCUGAACGUUAAGUUGAGUAUUUCUGGUAAAACUAUUAUAAAGGAAGAGGACCUAGACAAAGCAGAUUCUGAUUCUCUGUUUGAUGAUUUGGAGAUAUCUAGUGUCUCUGGUUCAGAGGACGAACAAGAAAAUGGACCUGCAUCAGAACGUGUACUCUCAGUUAGAGGCAAGGAAGAAUUCAGGAGGAAACUUUACUUUCGCUGUGCAUCGGGUGACACGAUUUCUAUCUAUAGAUGCAUGCUGUUGAAAGAACAUGAAGAACCAUUAAUUGAUUGUAAGUCUGGUCAGAUGGAGAAUGCAUCUUGUGUACAGGAGGAGGAGAUGAUAAAUAGGGUGAAGCGUUUGACUUGUGAACCUCGUGAUGCAUCACAUUUGAGAAUUGUUCUACUAACAAGCGGUGGACAUUUUGCUGGAUGUGUUUUUGAUGGAAAUUCCAUUGUAGCUCAUAAAACAUUUCAUAGGUAUGUUGUAAGAGCAAAGGCUGGGAAGAGGCAAUCUGGAAAAGAUGCUACUGGAAAAGUUGCACACUCAGCAGGCUCUUCUCUACGGCGCUAUAAUGAAGCAGCACUGAAAAAGGAAGUUCAAGAAUUAAUUGUUUCAUGGAAGUCAUACUUUGAGACAUGUGUUUGUGCCUUCAUUUAUGCUCCAUCGAAGAACCGCCAGAUGCUCUUCGAUGGGGAGAAGACUCAGUCAGUAAUUCAGUCUUGUGAUAUUCGUCCAGUUCCAUUGACUGUCCAUCGUCCCACCUUGAAGGAAGCUAAGCGGGUAUAUUGUAACCUAACACAACUCUACUAUGAGAUGGAAUGUUCAGCCACAGAUGAACCCUUACCUGAUGCUGGAAGUAUGAAAAAUGUUGAAGAAAGUCAAGGAAAAAAGAAGGAUGUGGCGGCAGACCCUGAGGAAUCUAUUUCUGACUUGUCUGCGAGUUUGGAAUUGUUAAAUAAGAAUGAAGCAGCAACCAUACCAUCAUUUAAGAAUGAAGCAACACCUCUUCAUGAGGCAGCAAAGUGUGGCAAUGCUCAGCUGACCCUGGAGUUACUUGAGCAGGGUUUGGAUCCUUGCAUAAAAGAUGCAAGAGGAAAGACACCUUAUUCGCUGGCUUCAGAUAAGGAAGUUAGAAAUACAUUCAGAAGAUUUAUGGCGCUGAACCUUGACAAGUGGGAUUGGCAUGCCGCAGAUGUCCCUAGUGCACUAACAAAAGAAAUGGAAGAAUCACAAGCUGCGAAACAAGCAGACAAGGAUGCCAAAAAGAAAGCACGUGCAAAGGAAUUGAAGAAAUUAAAAAAAGCAAGAGAAAAGGAAGAGAAGGAGAAGGAGAAGGCUAAGGCUCAAGCAUCACAAUCACAAAGUGAUGUUAAAGGCACUUCAAGCGGCCAAAUGGCCAACAGAACUGCAGCAUCUUUGCCAGGCCUUAAACCAAAGCAUCAGACGCCACAGCAGAUACUUAUAGCAAAGGAGGAGGAACGACAGAGAAAACAAGCUGAAGAAAGAGAGAAGAGAGCAGCUGCAGCAGAGAGAAGACUUGCAGCUCUCGCUGCUCAAUCUGCCGGAGCCAGCGCGUCAGAAAUGGCAGCCGAUCCUUCGUCCUCUUCCACGGGCCAGCAAACGGCGGACAUCCGCGCGGCCCCGCCCGAGGACUCGAGGCAGAUGGCAAUGAGCGGGCCGCUCAACGUCCGGGGCGACCGGAGGCCGCCGCCGAUGCAGAGGGCCUUCAGCCGGCAGGUGUCGCUCGGCAGCGGCGUGACGGUGCUGGACAUGGACAGAGGGGGGAGGAACGGUGGCGGAAGGGGCCAGCGCGCCCUCCCCCGCAGUGGUAGGAGCCUCGGGGUGCUCAACCACAGCGGCGUCCUGGGCCAGGCCAGCGGCGACGGCGCCGCGCGCAGGGGUGGUGACUUCAGCAUGUUCCGGACAAAGUCGACGCUGAGCAAGCAGAACUCGCUGCUGCCGACGAGGAUCAGGGAGUCCGACCUCGACCUGCCGACGCACGUCGAGGACCAGCAGUCCGCCGGCAGGCCGGCGGAGGACCCGCUCAACAAGAGCGUCCCCGCCGGCCGCUACUUCGCCGCGCUCCGCGGCCCUGAGCUCGACGAAGUCCGCGACUACGAGGACAUCCUGUUGCCCAAGGACGAGGUGUGGCCGUUCCUGCUGCGGUUCCCGAUCGGCUGCUUCGGUGUGUGCCUGGGCCUCGGCAGCCAGGCCAUCCUGUGGGGCGCGCUGGCGGCGAGCCCGGCGAUGCGCUUCCUGCACGUCACGCCCAUGAUCAACGUCGCGCUGUGGCUGCUGGCGGUCGCCGUGCUCGUGGCGACGUCCGUCACCUACGUGCUCAAGUGCGUCUUCUACUUCGAGGCCAUCCGCCGCGAGUACUUCCACCCGGUCCGCGUCAACUUCUUCUUCGCGCCGUGGAUCGCGGCCAUGUUCGUCACCAUCGGCCUGCCCCGCGCCUACGCGCCCGAGCGGCCGCACCCGGCCGUGUGGUGCGCCUUCGUCCUGCCGCUCUUCGCGCUGGAGCUCAAGAUAUACGGGCAGUGGCUGUCCGGCGGCAAGCGGCGGCUGUGCAAGGUGGCCAACCCGUCGUCCCACCUCUCGGUGGUGGGCAACUUCGUCGGGGCCAUACUGGCGGCGAGGGUCGGGUGGGCGGAGGCCGGCAAGCUCCUGUGGGCCAUCGGGGUCGCGCACUACAUCGUCGUGUUCGUCACGCUGUACCAGCGGCUGCCCACCAACGAGGCGCUGCCCAAGGAGCUGCACCCGGUGUACUCCAUGUUCAUCGCCACGCCAUCGGCCGCCAGCCUCGCCUGGGCCGCGAUCUACGGCAGCUUCGACGCCGUGGCACGCACCUUCUUCUUCAUGGCCAUCUUCCUGUACCUGUCCCUCGUCGUGCGCAUCAACUUCUUCCGGGGGUUCCGGUUCUCUCUCGCGUGGUGGUCGUACACGUUCCCCAUGACCACGGCGUCGCUAGCCACCGUCAAGUACGCCGAGGCUGUGCCGUGCUUCGGGAGCAGGGCCCUGGCGCUGAGCCUCUCCCUCAUGUCGUCGACCAUGGUGUCGCUGCUGCUCGUGUCGACGCUCCUGCACGCGCUCGUCUGGCGAUCGCUCUUUCCCAACGACCUGGCCAUCGCCAUCACCAAGGACCGGCAGAACGGCGCGGUGAAGCCGAAUGGCAGGGGGAAGAGGGCCAGCAAGAGGGUGCACGACAUCAAGCGAUGGGCCAAGCAGGCGCCCCUGUCCCUCGUGUCCUCCAUCACCAAGAGCCACUCGGCGGACAAGGAGGAAGAGGAGAGAACAGACUAG